AUGGCUGGACCAAUCAUCUCCGUGGUGGGCGGCCUGAACAUGGACCUGUUCAUGGAGACGGAUCGCAUGCCCGGUAUCGGCGAGUCUGUGGACAGCAGAUCCUUAUCGAUGUUCCCAGGCGGAAAGGGUGCGAAUACUGCCAUUGCGGCCCAUCGAGCGAGCCACUCGAAACCACGAGGCGACACAAAGGGCGGCAGCGAUGAAGGCAGCAUUCGUGUGUUUAUGAACGGCGCCGUGGGAUCAGACAGCUUUGGUGGGCUGCUGAAAGCCAAGCUCAAGGGUGAAGGUAUCGAUAUCUCUGGCGUGAGCACCAUCGAUAACGAGAGGAGCGGGACAUGUGUUGUUAUUGUCGAGACGGAGCUUGGUGACAGCCGAAACAUAGGAUACGAGGGAGCUAAUUUGAAGUGGGCGCUGCCUGAUCCGAACUCGGUGGGAUGCCUCGCAGGAGGGGCGAGGCCCGAUCUCGUCGUGGCUCACCUCGGCGUGCGACGCGAAGAAGUAGGACGAGUGUUGGCCCUUGCAAGACAGAACGGCGUCGACACUCUUUUGAACCCCGCCCCGGCCACGUCUUUGGACCGCUCGACGUAUCAGAACGUCACUCACCUUGUCUUGAACGAGACCGAAGCCGCUCUGUUAUCUGGACGUGAUCGGGACAGACUGCACAGCCCUACUGGCUGGCAGGAGGUAGCACAAGACUUUAUUCGGUCAGGCGUCACAAACGUGGUUCUCACGCUGGGCGCAAGGGGGGCUUACUACUCUACAAUUGGUGGAGAAAGAGGCCUGGUGAAGGCCGAGGAAAGCAUCAGUGUUGUGGACACGACGGGGGCAGGAGACACAUUCGUGGGCAACUAUGCUGCGGAGUGCACAAGACAAAGGCAGCUGGGCGAGUGCGAUAUCAGCAAAGCCAUCGCCCGGGCGUGUAAGGCGGCAGCUCGGACCAUUGGGCGGCUCGGUGCUCAGGAGGCUAUCCCGUGGGCUGAUGAAAUAGACAGAUAG